AUGCCUCUGCGCGCGAAGAUCAUGAACCCGGCCAUGGCGGGUCAAGCCACGAGAUCCUUCGCCGCCACCACAGAUAUCAAAGAAUUACCAGGCGAUGCACCAGAUGAUGUUCUUUUCGAUUCACAGGGCGGUGUCCGGAGUAUCCUUCUCAACCGACCCAAGAAACUCAACUCACUGGAUGCCAGCAUGAUCAGGAAAAUCGCGCCCAGACUGAAAGAAUGGAGUCGCAGUGAUAUGGCCAACGUUGUUGUCAUCAAGGGCGAGGGGCGCGCAUUCUGUGCUGGAGGCGACGUUGCGUCGCUUGCGAAACAAAAUAAGACAGGCGCAGAGGGACAACAGGCAAGCAAGGAUUACUUUGCGCUUGAAUACAAGCUGGAUCAUCUCAUUGCUACGUACAAGAAGCCAUACGUCGCGUUCAUUGACGGCAUCACUAUGGGUGGCGGUGUUGGAUUAUCCAUGCAUGCGCCGUUCAGAAUUGCGACCGAAAAUACAGUCUUCGCCAUGCCUGAAACCAAUAUCGGACUCUUCCCCGAUGUUGGCGCUUCCUUCUUCUUGCCACGGUUGGGUGGUGGUCUAGGCACAUAUCUGGCCCUCACAUCGGAUCAACUCAAGGGCGUUGAUGUUUUCUAUGCUGGCGUCGCCACUCAUUAUUUACAUUCCUCAUCUCUUCCCGAUCUUGAGGCUCGACUUGCGGAACUACAGUUCAAAGAUUACGACGACCUACCGACUCGAUUACAGGUUAUCAACAGCACAAUUGAGGAAUUCUGUACGGGCCUUCCUCAUGAUAAGCCUAUCGCAUCAGGGUGUGUCGGCGGCGAUAUUCGCAAAGCGAUCGACUUUGUUUUUCAAGCAGCGCACGACAUAAAUGAAAUGUUUGAAGCUUUGGACGAAAUUCGACACGACAUUUCGCCCAAAAGUCCCAUCGUCGAAUGGAUUUCAAAGACCAAAAAGACAAUCCUUUCUCGAUCCCCCACUUCGCUCAAGGUCACCAUCCGACAACUUCAGCAGGGCAUUAGUUGGUCUAUCGCUGACACGUUCCGCAAAGAGCAUCGCAUCGCAUCCAAGUUCAUGGAGCAUCCCGACUUUGUGGAGGGUGUAUCGGCUUUGCUAAUUGACAAGCCAAAGCGGACCCCCACCUGGUCUCCUGGCUCGCUGGAGGAAGUUUCGGACGCAGACGUGGCCGCCUUCUUCAACAACCCGACGAGUUUUGAGCUGUUGAACAAGGAUGCUGGCAGCACCGAACAAGACUACACUGCUUACCCGCAUGCGCAUUUCACAUUGCCUACCGAUCUCGCUGUCGAGGUUCACUGGAGGAAUGGCAUGAAACAAGAGGAGAUCAUGCAGAAGCUCGUUCGUGAGUACAAAGGUAAACAAGGCGUCAAAGAAAAAGUGGCCGAUAUUCUGCAACGAAGAUUAAAUUCGAAGGGAUUCAACGAAAACUACGAGGCUAUCUGGGAAUGGUUGUGA